AUGAAAUACUUUCCGAGGGACUGCCAUCGGCAAGGAAUGAACGGAAUGAUGAAUGAUUUCAGUAUUCAUACUACUACUAAUGGAGACCAACAAUUAUCAUCAUUAAUACGAUCCAAAAACAAAACAGCAAUUGUUUUAAAGAAUAAUACUAUUUCAAAUUGGAAUUUCAUAUCCUCGUCGGGUCGGGUUCAUCCUUUAACUUUACUGGCCAAUGUUACAGCGUCAUUACAGACACGACAAUUUUUGAAUGUAUUGGCUAAUAUUACAAAUUCUGCCAAUCAUAACCAUCGUGGAAUUAAAUUUGUAGAACAACGGGUGAUUGGAUAUAAACCCGAACAAGUCUAUCAUGUGGUUUCUAACGUAACAGAUUACAAACAUUUUGUACCCAAUGUCAAAGAUUCGGCUUUUGUAAAUUUGGAUAAGGCAACAACAAGUCCACCCGAUGAGAAUGAGACCUACAUGUCUACUGUGUUUUUGAAAAGUCCUGUGAGUGUUAGAGCUGAAUCCAAAAAUGUGAAACUGUUUAAUAGGUUAAUCAAUCACUGGGUGAUUGCUGAGGGACCUUCAGAAGAUACAUGCAGAUUGACGUUUCAUGUCGAUUUUGAAUUUUCCUCACGUCUUUAUCAAUCUGUGGCAAAUAUGUUUUUCGAUUUUUUGGUCAAAAAUAUGACGGAUGCUUUUGAAAAGAGAUUAGCUCAAGUUUAUGGCAAGCCCUCUCAGCAAACUAAAAUAGUGUACACUAAAACUCAACAAUGCUAG